ACAAGACCACGCAAGGACGAGACAAGACGGGACUCGUGGGAGAGCUAUUGGGAACAUCUCUUGGGACAGUAUUUAGAAUCGAUCCUUGAGAGGAGAAAGGAGGGAAGCCCAUUACCUAGUUGCCAGCACCACCUCACCGGAAGGAUCAGUGAGACGAGUCCGUCCUCGACCAUGGAAGCGGCUCCAUCCGAGAUGAACACCAUACCCAAUGGCAAGGGACACGAGGGGGACGCCUCCCCCACCAAAUCACCAGCAGAGAACACAGCACACUCCGGCCGACCAGAGGACUCUGAGGCCAAUCUGGCAGAGAGCCAUGAGUUCCUGUCCCCGGUGGAUGACAAGAAGACUCCUCGCUUCACAGAUUUUGAAGGAAAGACCUCCUUUGGAAUGUCGGUGUUCAACCUGGGCAACGCCAUUAUGGGCAGUGGGAUCCUGGGACUGGCGUAUGCCAUGGCCAACACCGGCAUCAUCUUAUUCCUGAUCCUGCUGACGGCUGUGGCGGGCCUCUCCUCCUACUCCAUCCACUUGCUGCUCAAGUGCUCAGGCAUUGUGGGCAUCAGAGCAUAUGAGCAGCUGGGUUACCGGGCCUUUGGAACACCAGGCAAGAUGGCCGCUGGCAUUGCCAUCACCCUGCAGAACAUUGGAGCCAUGUCCAGCUACCUGUACAUCAUCAAGUAUGAGCUGCCUCUGGUCAUCCAGGCCUUCUGUGGGGUGGACAAGCCGGCAGGUGAGUGGUACCUGAAUGGAAACUACAUGGUGAUUGUCGUCUCCAUCACCAUGAUCCUGCCCCUCGCCCUCAUGAAACAGCUCGGUUAUCUGGGCUACACCAGUGGAUUCUCCCUCAGCUGCAUGGUCUUCUUCCUGAUUGCUGUGAUCUAUAAGAAGUUCCAGAUCCCCUGCCCCUUCACGGAGUUCUCCUACAACAGGACGGGCACGGUGAUGAAUGGCAGCGUCAUAGCCCAUCCUACAGGCAUCGAGGCGGAGGACGACGGCUCCUGCGCUCCUCUCAUGUUCAACAUCAACACCAGGACAGCAUACACAGUGCCCAUCCUGGCAUUCGCCUUUGUGUGCCACCCCGAAGUCUUGCCCAUCUACACGGAACUGCGCAACCCCACCAAGAAAAAGAUGCAGCAUGUGUCCAACAUCUCCAUUGCAGUCAUGUACACCAUGUACUUCCUGGCUGCUCUCUUUGGAUAUCUGACCUUCUAUGGCAGGGUGGAGCCUGAGCUGCUGCACACCUACAGCAAAAUUGACCCUUUUGACACGCUCAUCCUGUGUGUGCGUGUGGCCGUGCUCACCGCCGUCACGCUCACCGUGCCCAUAGUGCUCUUCCCAGUGCGGCGGGCCAUUCAGCAGAUGCUGUUCCCCAACAAGACGUUCUGGUGGCCGAGGCACAUCGCCAUCGCCGUCGUGCUGCUCACCCUCAUCAACCUGCUGGUCAUCUUCGCCCCCAACAUCCUGGGCAUCUUUGGCAUCAUCGGUGCCACGUCUGCCCCAUGUCUCAUCUUCAUCUUCCCUGCGGUCUUCUACAUGAGGAUCGUGCCCAAAGAAGAGGAGCCCAUGCGCUCGCCCCAAAAGAUCCUGGCGCUGUGUUUUGCCAUCCUGGGUUUCCUGUUUAUGACAAUGAGCUUGAGUUUCAUCGUCAUCGAUUGGACAACAGGGAGCAGUAAAGCCAGCAGCGGUCACUAAGCCCCGCCCCACUGUCACGUGCAUGUGGGGGGUGUUUUAUGUUGUUUAUAAUGUUAUUUUUAUCUUCUGUGUGUCAUUUUGGGUCAUUACUGCAGAGAAUGCACAUCUCUAUCUCUCUCGCUCUCUCGCUCUCUUUCUCUCUCUCUCUCUCUCUCUCUCUCUCUCUCUCUCUCUCUCUCUCUCUCUCUCUCACUCGCACUCUUCUUGGAAAGUUCAGCCAAGGCCAGUGUUUCAGCAGAAGCCUGAUUAUGUCAGCCAUUCCACAAUGCAAGUUUUCUCAUAUCCAUGGCUUCCUCCCUCCGGGAGCCACGUCGUCUGCCUCUGUCUAUCUCCAUGCAGGUGCCCGCCAAAGUUACCCUGCUCCAAAAGAACGAAGCAGUCUGCACUUUCCAGGAACAAAACAAAACAAAACUAAACAAAACAAAACAAAACAGAAAAGGAUGGUGUUUCUCUCUAAGAAAAAAAAGACAUCUCAAAUCUCACUACACUUAGCCUACGUAGCCAUUUCUCAUAUUCUCAUCACUACCAUGGCAACUUGCAGUGUUGUUGUUGUUGUUUUUGUUUUUGUGAAUGUGGGUGUCUUUUUCGUGAUUCUUUCACCUCCGUCAAUAAGAGGCCGCAGCCAGUCAACCAGAGACUCAAUGGAUUGGAGACCGACUGGACUGUGGUCUGCUCAAAGUAGUUUAGGUACCUCUGGGUACAACUCUCUCUCCGGUGUAAUAACUUAUUUCUUAUUCUCAGCACAUGGCAAUACUCUGUGCAAUAGCUGAAGAAAGGGCUUGGCUAUAUGGAAGUCUGACAGACGAAUUGUCUUUGUGGAAGCACAACCUUUUUAUCAUGUUUUUUGUUUGUUUGUUUUGUAAUUGUUUGUUGUCAUGAUUCAUCCCAUGACUUAUCGUCACAUGAAUUACCAUAUUUUACAUACCUGGGCAGUAUUCAGUAUGUGCACAAACAGUAUUCAGAAGAUAAGGUUGUAUGUAUUACACCCGAUAUACAUAUACAGUACUCUACAAGAGUCAAGUGUUUCUCUUGAAAGGCUGUGAUCGAGUCUCAUCACGUCCUGUUCUUGCCUCUUACAGUAUCUCCGCUCUUCCAAGAAAGCAUAUCAUCAGAGUCUGUAACGCGCUUUGCUCUGGAAAGUUUCCCUGUUAUUUUCAGAACGUCCUGUGGUCGCAUGUGUGUGUAUGUGAGUGUGUAUGUGUGUGAGAGAGAGUGUGUGUGUUUUAGCUGUUUCCUGCACAUCAGGAUCUCUAUUUAAUGUUUUGGUUGAAAACACUCGUAACCUCUGAAUCGCGAUUGCCGCCAUGACGUCUAUGUAAACAGAUGGUUGUUUGUUUGUUUAGUGAAGGAGGGGGGUUCGUCCUGGGGGUGCCAUUCCAAGAACAAGGUUAAGUGAUAAACCUGGUUAAGGUGACCUACAGAAAGUGGUAAAUAUCCUAAUAGAUAGUCCACAGGUGUCCUUUAGCUAAGAAAUUGAAGACUGCAGGCUCUUCUAUCAGGUGAUUUACCACUACCUCAAGGGUAAUUUGAGCUGGUUUACUCCUUAGCCAGGAUCUAGGAAUACUCCCCUGGUCUGGUUUGUGUUUUGUUUGUGGGGCUUUUUCUUUCCAGUGGUGCUGACUGGAAGCGUGGUGGUGUCCGUGGUGUCAUAGUGUUGUUUCUGAGUAUUACGCAGACAGUAGUCAGAGAUAACCAAAAAGUAUAUACGUAUAUAAACAGAAGUACUAUAUCGAUAAAUAUAUUAUAUAAAAAGAUUUUUACAGGGUCCUCUCUUGUGAAGGAGAGUCUACUAAGGAGGGUGUAUGUAAACUGUUGUGCUUAUAGAGCUGGAGGUUGAGAUGUCAACCUCUUAGCAGCUGCUGUGUGUGUGUGUUUAAAUGAAAGAUUGUAAGUAGUAUGUAUGUGCAUGUUGCUGAUGGUGUGUGUGUGCGUGUGCGUGUGCGUGUGCGUGUGCAUGUGCGCGUGUGCGUGUGUGUUCCUGUGCGUGUGGCUUGCUAACAGGUGUGAAUGCAGCAUCAGUAGUUGGCGUAGUUCCACAUACACAUAAUGGCCAGGAUUGGCGUUUGUGUUGUGCUCUCCCAAACUGAAGUGACAGACACAGGGAAAAAAAAGAAUGAAAAAAAAAAUCUGUGAGAUAAAGGUCGGAGAUUGGAUUGAAACUAUGUUAGGUUUGACCUCAUUGAGAAAACAAAGGUCAUUGCCUGUCGGUCUGUAAUGCACCGCUAUGUAGCAGUGACUCUAGGUUAGCUUUAGCACUUUCAUUCUGAAGCACAACAGCGUAGAGCAAUUAAUCAACUGACUGGGUCAAGAAAUGAUUAUGACAUGUGCAAGUACUCAUAGACUAAUAGGUCUUGUAGGCAUAAUGACAUGGUUUUGUGGGCUUUUAACUAAUUUGUUUGAGAGAUAUAUGUCAGGAAAAAACUCAUUUAAAAGGCACAAGAAAAUUGCUCUUGGAAAUUUUAAGAAUUGUUGUCUAACAUGGUACAAGAAUGUUUUCUUUUACAUUUUAAAAAAAUUAUAACUCGUGUUUUUCCGUCCCCAACUGCAGUUGUACCCCAUGUUAAAAACCCAUCGUCAUCUCUGGUAUAAAUAUUGUGAUGUGACUCCUCUCAUCCUCCAACCUCUGGAGUGAAUAUGUAAGACUUAGUCAGUGAAUGUUCUGUAAGGAUCAGUGUUUUUCUUUUUCUCUUCAAGAUGAGGAAAAAAGAAUAUAAAAACAAAACAUAUAAACUUGUUGUAGGUGUAUUAAAACCGUGGUACUUACAGUUUUGUGAGGUCUGCAAUUGAUAAAUGGACCCUGUGUUUAAUUGCAUUAUUAAUUAAUUAAUUAAGGACCUGCUUUGAAGGCCUGGAGCAAAAUAUUGCAACUAUGCAGCAGCACAGCAUAUCAAACAGUUUCUCCCUUUGUGCUCCAAAAAGAAAUGAAGAAGAACGUACUUCAGUGAUCAGUAAUUAGUGAAAACCAAUUUGACAUGCUAGUCCAUUCCUUGUUGGUUCACAGUGAUGUUCUUUUGUAGCAUCAGAAAAAAAUGAAACAUUGCUUUUGUCGUUUUUUAUUGUUAUUUACAUGUUACAACAAAGAGCACAGACUUUGCUAAUCAUCACAUAUUUUUGGAUACAUACAGUAUUUUAAUGUUACGUUUGUUACAAAGUGAGUUGGAUUCACAAACAUCAAGAACAUCCUCUUUCCCUUUUAGUCAGUGUUAUGACCUCUAUGACCAUGUGUGAGUAAGUGUGUAUUUGUGUGUGUGUGUGUGUGUGUGUGUGUGUGUGUGUGUGUGUGUGUGUGUCUUUGUGCGUGCGCGUGUGCGUGUGGUACAUUGUUCGUACUCGUUUAACUUCCCUUUCUCAUCAUUCUAAACACGUCUCACUGCCACCUGCGGUGUGUCACGGUGUCAAUUUUGCUGCAUUCAUGAUGGAUUAUGGGGGCUCGUCCCUCUAUGGUUGAUCCUCUUGUUGGAUAUAGACCAGACUGAUAUGGGCCAUGCAAGCCAGAUGGACUACCAGUAGUAGAGGAGGAGGUAGAUGGGUCCUAGUACAAGAACAAGGUCCUUGUAGUACUCAUUGUUGGCAUUAAAAAAUCUAAUAAAAUUGAAACUUGAGUUUGUGGCUUGGUUCACAUUUGGACAGUAAAAACACUAUGCUGAUAUAGCACUUAUACACUCACUGUAGCAAUUAAAAUUUCUUCUUAAUGGUAACUGCAUCAGAUGGCACAAAUGAAAAGGAGCUGCUCCCAUCGUUGGAACAGUAUAUGGCACAAGACAAGCUUUGAUUUGUCACUUGCAAGGUCAAACAUUGGCCAUUGGGAUGGUCACUGUCACUGACCUCAAUUGCGUGUCGAUGAAAUAGAAGGAAGUGAAGCACAAUGAUAACUGAUUUUGUGAGCGCUGGAGGGAGAUAUUUUUGAAAGUCUGGACAAUUUCCAACAAAACCCUUUCUUGUGUCUGGUAACCAGGUCUUAUUCAUUUCACUAUUUACCCUUUGUGAUUCAGUGGAAAAAAAAUCUAAAUAUAUGGGUGAAUAACAAACUUGUAUGAGUUUCGACUUACGUGGCAGCAUUUAUAAAUAAUGUAUAUAAAUGUAAACCCUUUAUAUUCGAUAUGCACAUCUAGUUUGUACAUUGUAAAUAGAAGGAGCAGGGUUAGUCAGAUAUUAAAAAAAGAAAAGAUAUGUAAUAAUUUUUAAAGUGCUUUUUAAAAAGCCUUCAAUUUAUGUCUUUAUUUUCUGUUAUCUCUGAACAUUGAGUACAUUGCUGGCAGUUAUUGUACUGUAAACAAUGUUGAAAUAAAAAAGAUGGAAA